AUGGAACACCUAAACAGUGCGCAGGAAGAUGAGCUCGAGCUCAGCCUCCAGCUAACCCUCCACACGCCGGCCACGGCGCCGGAGCCCGGCGGCUUCUUCAUCUGCGUCUACUGCGACCGCAAGUUCCGUAGCUCGCAGGCGCUCGGCGGUCACCAGAAUGCGCACAAGCACGAGCGCAGUCUCGCCAAGCGCAGGCGGGAGAUCGCCGCCGCCACGCGCACGCGCACGCACAGGGCGGUCCUGAACGGGAGGUCUCCUGGCAGCGGCAGCGGCAGCGGUGAUAACUUCUUGUCGGCCGCGGGGAAGGAGAGGAGGACGGAGGCGCGGAAGGGUGCUUCUGCUACUCUGGUGCCUCAUGGCAUGCCUCGCAAGCGCGGCAGGAGCUCGUCGGAGCACGGCUACGGGACCCUGGACGGCGCUGACGAGUUGGACCUGUCUCUCAGGUUAUGA